AUGGCGUCAAGCUCACUCAACAAGAACAAGGAGAACAAUCGCUCCAAGAGCGUAAAUAGCAUAGACGAUCUAGCGGUAAAGGUUGACCAGCUGAUAAAGGGCAAUCAGAGCCAAGUGUUCAUCAUGGAAGAAGCCGCAUCAGAGAACAAUGCUUCAGAUGUCACACCUGAAGCAGACAACACUGUGGACAAUCAACAAGAGAAGGGUUACCAAGGAAGAACUUACAUUCUUAGCCAGGCGCAGCACAACCAGUUCCAGAACCAGAAGCAGCAGACUGCUCAACAAGUUGGUCCUGCACCUACGACUGCUCCGCAAGACGAGAUAAAUGGGCUAGCGACGAUGAUGCAGAAGCUGCUCCAGGGUCAGCAAAUUCAAGGAAAAGCGUUGAACCAGGUCACCACAGACAUCUCCAAAAUGAACCAUAUGUUCACUGACCUGAGCACCAAAUAUAACAAUGUGGCUAGCCAUAUGCGGCAGAUAGACAUUCAUAUCGCUCAGACAGCCGAGAGUGUCAAGAGGCAGCAAGGUACUCUUCCUGGAAAGACCGACAAGAAUCCUAAGGAAUGCAGUGCAGUCGAACUGAGGAGUGGAAGGAGACUACCAGAUGUGGCACCUAAGAAGCUAACAGCGGCAGAGAAGGGCAAGCAAAAGGAGGGCGAGCAACCGCGAUCCGACACUGCUCCUCUCUCUGACAAGGAAACGAAACAGCCAACUGAGACUGAUCCAGCCCCUACCGCUACACCUGUCGAGCAUGUUCCUACGCGCGAAUACACCCCUAAGGUUCCAUACCCUGUUCCCGCAAAGAAGUCUCGGAAGGAUCUUGAGGAGAUAAAGUGUAAAAAGAUGCUAGAGGAUCUAACUAUCAAGUUACCUCUGAUUGACGCAAUCAAGAUGAUACCUUCUUUGCGCAGUUUGAUGAAGGGUUUGGUCUCAGGAAAAAUAACUGGAGACAAUGAGGUUAUGUUGGUCUCGAAGGAGUGCAGUGCAGUGCUUCAGAACAAGCCGAUUAAGAAAUUGGGUGAUCCAGGAAAAUUUGUUCUCUCGAUACAGAUUGGAAAAAUAGUGUUCGCAUGUUCUCUUUGCGGUCUAGGCUCCAUUGUCAACAUAAUGCCUUACUCUGUAGCAAAGCGACUGGGGUUCAUAGACUUCAAACCCACAAGAAUUUCCCUGGUGUCCGCAGAUAGAUCAGUUAAGUCACCGGUGGGUAUUCUGGAAAAUCUCCACGUCCGAGUAGGCAACACCUUUGUUCUGGCAGAUUUUGUGGUUCUAGAGCUUGACGAAGAACCAAGAGAUCCACUCAUCCUGGGCCGUCCUUUCUUAUGCACAGCUGGUGCGAUUAUUAAUGUUCGACAAGGAAGGAUUGAUCUUCACCUCGGAGACAUUGCAAUGAAGUUCGAGGUGAACAAGUUGCUGAAGAAGCCGAUGAUAGAUGCGCAGAGCUACUCAGUUGAAGACGAAGAUCAUGCACUGUUCUCUUAA